AUGUUCGGGCCUAAUUAUUAUGCAAUCUCCUACGUUUGGGGCCCCAACGUGAAGGACAAAGCCAUUCUAUGCAACGAAAAGACUACGUACAUCACGCCAAAGCUUUUUGAAGCUUUGCACCAAAUUCGCGAGCAUGUUGGUCAGCAAAUAAUCCUUUGGACCGACUCCCUGUGCAUCAACCAAGACAACGAGGAAGAGAAGAGCCACCAGGUGGCUCUCAUGAGUCAAAUUUACGCCAGGGCGUCUAGGGUACUGGUUCACCUGGCGGGCGGGGACGACGGCCGCGCGUCGAAAGCGGGAUCACUGAUUCGGGAGCGAGAUGCGUAUGUUCGACAGAACCUCAGUUUACUGGCUGGUAUCCGAAGUCUAUGGUACGAUUUCCCACAGCUGAGCACCGAAGAGAGAGACAACAUCACCCAUGAUGAGAGAUGGGAAUCCUUCAAUCAAAUGCUAUCCCAGCCCUGGUUCAAUCGUGGCUGGGUCGUCCAGGAAGCAGCACUAGGUCAGAGCACCGAUGUUCUCUGGGGAGGAGAAAUCAUCGCCUGGGACCAAUUGAUACGUUGUGCCGCAUGGGUUUGCUUUCGCUGCAUAGACGUUGAGGAAGAGUAUAUGCGCGAUCGUUCCAGUAUCCAUUUCCACAUCAAGCUACACCUGGAACGUUACGCGAAGGAAGCAGCAGUCUAUCGCUAUUUGACAGACGGAUUGGACAUCGCUGCGAUUUUGAACCUUGCGCGAGAGACAGAUAUGACGAAUCCUAAAGACAGGAUAUUCGCCUUCUUAUCCCUAGGAGUAUUCAGCCACAAGGGUGACGGGGGUAUUUACGAAGAAAGACCCAAGAUGCGAGUUACCUACCUCUCCCUACUGUGGUUGGCCCCCUAA